AUGUCUCUGAGCACAAGAUCUCACAGGACCUCCAGUGUCUACGGCGGAGCAGGCGGCAGGGGAACCCGCAUCUCCUCAGCCCAGAUGAACUUCUCCUCCGGAGGAUACUCUGGAAGUGGCAACACUUCCGGAGGCUUCAACUUGGCUGAUGGCCUGAGUGGCCUGGACCUCCGUGUUGAUGCCAAUGAGAAGUACAUGAUGCAGAACCUGAAUGACCGCCUGGCCUCCUACAUUGAAAAGGUGAAGUUGCUGGAGAAGGAGAAUGAGCGUCUGGAGAAGCUGAUCAGAGAAUGGUACCACAGCAGGACCGUCGUUGCUCAUGACUACACCCACUACUUCGCCACCAUCGAAGACCUGAAGGACAAGAUCCGCAUCGCCUCCAGAGUCAAUGCUAAGAUUGUCCUGGACAUUGACAAUGCCAAACUGGCCGCCGAUGACUUCAAAAUGAAGUAUGAGAACGAACUGGCUAUGCGCAUGGCAGUGGAGGCUGACAUUGCCGGGCUGAAGAGGGUCAUUGAUGAAAUGAAUCUGGCCAGGAUGGAUCUGGAGAGCCAGUACGAGGGGCUGAAGGACGAGCUGAUCAUGCUCAAGAGGAACCAUGAGGAGGAGCUGGUUCUGCUGAGGUCUAAUGCCGGCUCAGACGUCCAUGUGACAGUGGACGCCUCUCCAUCCAUGGACCUGAAUGGUGCCAUGAGUGAUAUCCGGGAACACUACGAGAGUGUCAUUGCAAAGAACCGCAAAGAACUUGAGUCGUGGUACCAGGGCAAGAUCACUGCAGUGGAACACGAGGUUCUCACUCAGACAGAGACACUGACAUCAUCUCGCACUGAAAUCAAAGAGCUGAAGUCCACCCUACAGAAGCUCCAAAUUGAACUGCAAUCCCAUUUGAGCAUGAAAGCAUCUUUGGAGAUCAACCUGGCAGAGACGCAGGGUCGUUACGCUCAGCAGCUGGCCGGGCUGCAGUUCACUGUGAGCAACCUGGAGGCUCAGCUGGCUCAGAUCCACGCCAGCAUCACCUCCAACAAGCAGGAGUACGACAUGUUGCUGGACCUCAAGACCAGGCUGGAGCUGGAGAUUGCAGAAUACAGGAGGCUGCUGGACGGAGAGGAUGAGAGCUCCAAACAAGUGGUCACCAAAGUCAUCACUGUCGUGGAGACUGUUGUGGAUGGAAGGGUGGUGGAGAGCAGCAAGACUGUGGACGUCGAUGUGGAUGAGAUUCAGUGA